UUAUGACCCAGUUGCAAAAAUAGUAUUUAAUCUUUUUAAGGAAUUUUCAAACUUUGACCACCCUUGCCCAUUAGUGGUGAGUUUUUCAUAUUUUAAGUAAAUAUACAUUUUAGGGACGUUUCUGAUUUUAGGGUCUUCAGUACGUGAUGGGCUUUUACCUGAGGCCCGAAUUAUUAAUUCUUCCCUUUCCGAGCGGCGAUUACAUGCUGAUGUUAAGGUGGUUUCUAAACAACAAGCUUACGUUCGACACAAAUGUCAGUUUUGUAUUCACUGAGGAUCUUCUUGCUUGAAUUAAAAAUAUUAUUUGUAUAUGAAACAAGUCACUUUCUAUUCGGUGGUUUAGAGUUAUAAGCUUUGGGCAGAGAAGCAGAAAGGGCGGAUCCUUGCAUAUCGCCUCAAGGCCGUCGGUCGCAACAAGGUCGUAUUCAACUACAGAUUGUACUACCAGUUUUUUAAGAAGGAAAGUGGGUACAAGCCCUGGCUAAUAAAUGAAUCACUCGACGCAUGCCGAUUUGUUUGAAACAAGAAGCCGUGGUGUUUAAGUUUACAAACUAUGUAUGUCUGAGCUACAACGAGUCCUGGUUCAUUUUUCACAACUGCCGGCUAAAGGCAGUUAGUCGGGAUAAGGUGAUCUUGAACACGAACGGAACCAUCCUCUUUCCGGCUUUCUCCAUCAUCACUCACAGCAAGCUAUUCAAAAAGGCGAACGGAUACAAGCCAUGGCUAUUUGAUACCAAAGUGGAUGCCUGUCGAUUUUUGAAGAAACGUUAUGAUCCUUUCGCCAAAAUUGUUUAUGGUCUCUUUAAAGAAUUUUCCAAUAUCAACCACACCUGUCCGUAUGUGGGUCUGCAGGAAGUAAGGGGCUUCUUUUUAAGGCCUGAGCUUUUGUCGCUUCCCAUCCCAAGUGGGGAUUACAUGCUGUCGUUGAGAUGGUAUUUUCAUAAGAAACUAGUGUUUGACACAAACGUCAGUUUUACAUUUACAGAAGAUUUUCUUCAUGGAUAGUAACAAAUAUAAAAUAAUGUCGGCACAAGCUUGCGACAAAUUUUGCAAAAUUAUUGUACAUUUUAUAUUAACAAAAUACGCCUUGGAUGGUUGCUGAUUUGGCCGAAAACAUUAUGUGACAACCAUCGUUUACAACAUUUUUUAAGGAUAAUUCUAAUUUGAAUCAUAAUUGUCCCUAUUCGUUAAACUAUUCUUCCAGCGCCUAGGUUUCCAGGGCCUAGGUUAUGGGUGUUCAAGUGUUUCCCGAGGCAAUCCCAGUUCCACUUCCGUCUGGAAAUUACCUAAAUUUAAUUAAAGGGUCUGAAGCCGAAAUGUUUCCACAGAUCUAGUCUAGUAUUCUUCGGAAUUUACUUCUGUUUUGAGGAAUAGUACUGUUUUUUAAUGAAAAAAUUACUAUUUACGAGGAUCUGCCCCAAAGUUGCAUUAAUUUCUGGGUGUUUGAUAAAAGGAUUCUAAUCACAAUUAACGUUUAUAAGAGAUGAAAUUCAACACAUACAUUUAUGUGGCUAUUUUUAACCAGAAACAUAUUGAUUUAAUUUAAUUCUAAGGUUUAUGUAUAAUCCUGUAUGUUUCGGAAAAUUAAAUUUAAAUGAAAAAGGGAAAGCUAAUUACUCGGUUAUUUACAAAAAAGACUUCUUUCACUUUUCUAGAGAUUUUAUAUUGUAAAGAAUUUAAGUUUGUAAAGAAUUUUAGGGAUACUUUAGAAUUUAAUACUUUAUGUAUCAACUAAUCACAUCUAUUUCUGCAUUCAAUGAAGCAAAAAAUUUGUAUAAAAGGACAUAUAUCAAUACUAUCUUUUUAUAAAUAGAGCAAUGAAAUUCAAUGCUUAUAAGUUCUAAAAUGGUAGCGCAAAACAAAAGUUUCACUUAACUGGCAGUUUAUAUUGAAAGAUAUCAAUCGGAUAUAGUUGGCCGAUCAUUAUGACAGUUUCACUAUCAAAAGGAUUUCUUAUAUUAUAGUACUUUGCCCAUCGACUAAAUGUUUAUACCGAUCUUGCAAUUACUCAAC